AAAAAUGGGCCGGUUUCUGGAGAGUUCCUUGAGUCUCAGCGUUUAGUGGGGGAGGCCAUGUUCUCUUCCUAAUUUUCUUUUCUUUUCUUUCCACCCCCUUCUUUGCCAUGGAAAUCAAAUGCAAGGUUCUCGUGUUCCAACCCACAGAGAUGUAGUCCCAGUUUUGUAAGAUACAUAUAGAGGAGAUCAUGCUUUUGUCUGAUAUCUAGGCCAGUAGGUUGUGUGAAUUCGUCGACAAGAAAAAAAAGGUGUCUUAGUUUUGUUUGAUUUGUGCUGCCUGUGUUUUUAAGCUCUCUGUGUUUGUGUGGUGGCUUGGAGAAUGGAAAAUGAAGAAGACAAGAGCAAUGACUUCUAUGCAGUCUUGGGGUUGAAAAAGGAAUGCACUGCGCCGGAGCUCAGGAAUGCUUAUAAGAAACUUGCGCUGAGGUGGCACCCAGAUCGUUGUUCGGCUUCGGGGAAUUCAAAGUUCGUGGAAGUAGAAGAAUCUAAGAAGAAAUUUCAGGCCAUCCAACAAGCCUAUUCUGUUCUCUCUGAUGCCAACAAAAGGAUUCUGUACGAUGUAGGAAUCUACGACAGCGAUGAUGAUGAAAAAGGAAUGGGCGAUUUUCUGAAUGAAAUGACAGCCAUGAUGAGCCAAACAAAGUCUAACGGAAAUGGGGAGGAGAGCUUUGAGGAGCUGCAGGAAUUGUUUGAAGAGUUGUUUCAAGGGGAUAUUGACACAUUUGGCUCAAGCUCACGAGGUACUAGUACUAGUUGUUCUGGUUUGUCCUCCUCCUACACGUCUCUUUCUGGGAGUUCUGGUUCCAACAACAAACGCAGCUCCUCUGAGAUGAAUUUUGGGAAGAAUAACUUGGAGGGUACCUCUGGCUUUGACACUAACUUUCAGAGCUUUUGUUUUGGGACGGGGGGAACACCAACAAACUGCCAGAAAGGAGAAGGGAGUAAGAGGAGUUCGGGGAGAAACCGGCGGUAGAUGAAGGCAGGGCAGGAAACAAAAGUUUCCACCUGGUCAUGAUGUCUCCACCAACGACUAAUCAGGCAUCUCUGCUUGAUUAUCCACCGAUAUGCUUGCAAAUCGAUGCCAAAUCCAAUCCUAGAAUUUCAGCCCUCUUACAAUAUCGACUUGACUGAGAGAGAAAUGGUGCAUCAUACGACCAUGAAACUACUCGGAAAAAGUUUUUUUCACAUCGGUGGGUCACAACUAGUGAAAUCAUUGCUCCUUGUUGUAGACCCAUUUCACCAUUCUAGUAUUAUGCUCAUGUUCAUUCGUAUUGUUCAGUUGUAAUGUAAUGCCUUCGCUGCAAGUUGUUAGUGUUACUUUGGAAGAAAUUAUGAGAUCUUCUUUAGCCUCUAACUCA